UCUUCCGCAUUUAUUGACUUUGACCACAGCAGCAGACGGCUGUAGAGUUUAGUAGUUCAUGUCAUGCGUUCGUACGGUAUUGUGUUGCGUUUUCUGUGUAUUGUGUAAGUGAUUUGAUGGUGGAGACAGGAAAUCACGGAAAGACAGAUACUGAGUGUGUGGCUUAGGAGGGCAAUCAUGGACUGCAAGGGAACUAGUUGGGUGAAAAAAGAGAAGAAUGAAAUAUAUGCUGAACCAGAAUCCUUGUUUCUUGAAGAUCCGCUGAAGAUUGUAACACCUAGUCUUCAUAUAAAGCAAGACCUAGAACUGAAACAGGAGGAUGGCAUUGAACAUGAUUGUCUUGAAGAUAACUUGGGAAUCUCUCAUCCAAAUGAUUUUAUCAAGGAGGAUCCUGAACUAAAUUUGGAGGUGGCAGCCUCAAUAAGAAAUGCAUCUGAUAGUUUAAGGUUCAUUGAAAGUGCUGGUGACAGCUGUGACAUUUCAUAUCAAGAAGCAUUACAUCAAGGAGCAGUCAAUGACAAGCUGGAGAUAUAUGCAGAGAAGUCAACAGAUUUCAGUGUGUCUCACAACUAUACCAAAAUACAGACUUCACAAGAAGACAGCUUAUGUGGCACAAGAUUAAGUUGUAGCAUCAGGGGAAAGGAAUUCCAUAAGUUUAACUGUAGUUUCUGCCUACAGAGCUUCCCUUCAAAAUACAGACUCAUAAUGCAUAUCUUCAUCCACAUUGAUGGUGUGCAGGCACCUGCAUUUGUGUGUAAGUCAUGUGGUGAGGUAUUGCCCUCUGAUGACUGCUUGAAAGAACAUUUGAGAAUGAUGGAGGGUGACCAAGCAUUAUCUGCUACCAACAGUGAGAAACUUGAAUGCAGUGAUGAUCAUGAAAACAAUAUCUCCUUCGAGUGUGUACAAGAAGGAAUUGUGGAACAGACUGCAGAGCUCCCUUCAUACGAGGUACCCAGGAAAACCUUCAAAAAAUCCUUUAAUGACAUAUGUAACACACAUACUGUGAAACAAGCUGAAGAGAAACUCGAAAGAUGUAAUGACUGUGGAAUUUCAUGUACAAGCGACCACACUCAUGUCCACACUGUGCUAAGUGCAAAGGGACAUCACAAAUGUGAUGUUUGUGGUAAAAUGUUUACUCAGUUCUGCAAUCUUAAGAAACACAAUGUACUACACACUGGAGAGAGACCCCACGAAUGCGCUGUUUGUGGAAAAGCAUUUACUGAAAAGUGCAAUCUGAAGCAACAAGAAUUAAUACACACUGGACAGAGACCACACAAUUGCAAUGUCUGUGGAAAAUCAUUUACUCAGUCGGGCAGUCUCAAGAACCAUAUUUUAAAACACACAGGAAAGAGACCACACAAAUGCGAUGUGUGUGCAAAAUCGUUUACUCACAGGGGCAGUCUCAAGAGACAUGAAUUAAUACACACUGGACAGAGACCACACAAAUGUGAUUUCUGUGGAAAAUCAUUUACUCAGUCGUGCCAUCUCAAGAACCACAAUGUAAUACACACAGGAAAGAGACCACACAAAUGCGAUGUGUGUGCAAAAUCGUUUACUGACAGGGGCAGUCUCAAGAAACAUGAAUUAAUACACACCGGACAGACACCACACAAAUGCGAUGUCUGUGGAAAAUCAUUUACUCAGUCGGGAAAUCUCAAGACCCAUGUAUUAAUUCACACUGGACGGAGACCACACAGUUGCAAUGUCUGUGGGAAAUCAUUUACUCAGUCGAGCAGUCUCAAGAACCACAAUGUAAUACACACAGGAAGGAGACCACACAAAUGCGAUGUGUGUGCAAAAUCGUUUACUUACAGGGGCAGUCUCAAGAAACACGGAUUAAUACACACUGGACAGAGACCACACAAAUGCGAUGUCUGUGGAAAAUCAUUUACUCAGUCGGGAAAUCUCAAGACCCAUGUAUUAAUUCACACUGGAUGGAGACCACACAGUCCAAUGUCUGUGGGAAAUCAUUUACUCAGUCGAGCAGUCUCAAGAAACAUGAAUUAAUACACACUGGACAGAGACCCACAAAUGUGAUUCUUGUGGUAAAUUAUUUAAUGCAUUGAGUAAUCGCAAGGCCCACAAGUUAAUACACAGUGGAAAGAAACCC